AAGAAUAUACAUGCCGUUGGCUUGGCAAGCCAUACGCAUGCAUUGCAACGUCCUCCUUCCACCUGUUCGCCACCCGUCCAUUGUCUCCAUCCUCUUCUUGCAACCGGUGCGCUCAAAUUCAUUAUAUUGUACAAUGAUUCAAUUUCUCUUUCUCUUCCCAGUUUCAUAUUAUUCACCUCUUCUUCCUCUUAUCUCAUACAUUCUGUCGCCAUGCGAGGUUUCCACUCCAAUGUCGCUACAAUCACUCGGCGAGGUUUCUCUCGCUUCCGACUCUGAAAGUUACUCGCCGCCGUCUCAUCUAAAUUAGGAUGAAUUUCAAUUCUGCAAUCGCGUAUGUUCUUUGUUUCCUAAUCCUUCAUAUCUUCGCAAGCCCUAGUUUCCACUCUCGAUUAGGGCAUUCUUCUGCAGAAGUGGAUGAUUUCGCAUUCGAUACUGGCGCCGGUUUGAUUCCCUUCUACGGCGAUUACUCCCUGCCCUCCCAGCCGCCGCCAUCCCCGCCGCCUCAUCCGCCGCCUUCGUCUUGCGAGGAAGACCUGAAUGGUGUUGGAUCGCUUGACGCCACGUGCGUCCUCGGUUGCAGCCUGAAUUUCACCGGCGACGUGUUUAUUACUGGAAAUGGAAGUUUACAGGUACUGCCGGGGGUCAAAUUGAGCUGUUCGAUCGCUGGCUGUUCGAUUUUGGUUAAUGUUAGUCGUGAAUUUAGGUUAGGUCUUGAUGCGGAGUUGAGAGCUGGGACGGUGUUCGUUGAGGCGGGGAAUGCUACUUUGUUUAAUGGUUCAGUGAUUAAUGUGACGGCAUUGGCGGGUGCGCCGCCGGCACACACAAGCGGGACGCCCACAGGGGUACAGGGUGGGGGUGGGGGACAUGGUGGGAGAGGUGCUAGUUGUGUAAUGGACAACACAAAGCUUCCUGAGGAUGUGUGGGGUGGAGAUGCAUACUCAUGGCUUUCACUGGCAGAGCCAUGGAGUUAUGGUAGUAAGGGUGGUACUACGGACAGAGGGGAGGACUAUGGUGGGAAAGGAGGUGGGCGGAUUGGGUUUAACAUAAAAAGUCAUAUUCAAAUUCAUGGAAGUCUUUUAGCUGAUGGAGGUGAUGGUGGCAUCAAAGGCGGUGGAGGAUCUGGAGGCAGCAUCAACAUCAAGUCCCCUGAAAUGAGUGGCAGUGGUAAUAUAAGUGCUUCUGGAGGUAAUGGAUUUGCUGGAGGCGGUGGUGGGAGAGUGUCUGUCAAUGUUAUCAGCAGGCAUGAUGACCAGAAAUUCUUGGUUCAUGGUGGAAGAAGUUAUGGGUGCCCUGGGAACUCUGGUGCUGCAGGGACAUUUUAUGAUGUCGUUCUUCGGAGACUCUACAUCAGCAAUCACAAUAUGUCCACAGAUACUGAUACACUUCUUUUAGAGGUUCCGAAUCAGCCUAUGUGGACUAGUGUUUAUAUCCAGAAUCGUGCCAGAGCUACUGUUCCUUUGCUCUGGAGUCGUGUGCAGGUACUGGGACAGCUAAGUUUAUCAUGUUCUGCAGUCUUGAGCUUUGGGCUUGCACAUUAUUCUUCAUCCCAGUUCGAGUUAAUUGCGGAAGAGCUUUUAAUGAGUGACUCAAUAAUCAAGGUAUAUGGGGCAUUGCGAAUGGCUGUCAAAAUCCAUUUAAUGAGCAGUUCAAAAAUCAUUAUAGAUGGUGAUGGUGAUGCACUUGUUGCAACAUCAUUGCUAGAGGCCAGCAACUUGGUGGUUCUUCAGGAAUCAUCUGUAAUACAUUCCAAUGCAGAUCUUGGAGUUCAUGGGCAAGGUUAUCUCUAUUUGGUUGGACCAGGAGAUGUGAUUGAAGCUGAGCAUUUGGUUUUAUCAUUAUUUUAUAGUAUAAGUAUUGGCCCUGGAUCUAUUUUGAGAGGUCCCUUGAAGAAUUCAAGCACAAGCUACAUGACUCCAGGACUCUAUUGUGAACUCCAGGAUUGCCCUGUGGAACUGCUUCAUCCGCCUGAGGAUUGCAAUGUGAAUUCGUCCUUGUCCUUCACUAUCGAGAUUUGUCGGGUUGAAGAUGUGACUGUUGAAGGUUUAAUAGAAGGAUCUGUUGUCCAUUUACAUUGGGUUAGAACUGUUGUUGUUGAAGCUUCUGGAGCAAUAAGUGCAUCUGGGCUGGGAUGCACUAGUGGGAUAGGCAGAGGAAGAUUUUUAAGCAGUGGUCUUGGUGGUGGUGGUGGUGGUGGGCAUGGUGGGAAAGGUGGAAGUGGAUAUUAUAAUGGCAGUGCUAUUCAGGGUGGGAUUGUGUAUGGGAAUGCUGAUUUGCCUUGUGAACUUGGUAGUGGAAGUGGAAAUGAUAGCCUGGCUGGUUCAACUUCAGGUGGUGGUAUCAUAGUGAUGGGUUCAAUGGAGCACUCAUUGUCAAGUUUGGCUAUUAAUGGUUCACUAAAAGCUGAUGGAGAAAGUUCUGGAGAACAUAUCAGAAAGCAAAGUGGUAUUUCAAACAUUGGUCCAGGUGGUGGAUCAGGUGGAACUAUUCUUUUGUUUGUUCAUAAACUGGCCCUUGGUGAGGCGUCUUCUCUCUCAACGGUUGGAGGACAUGGUGGUCCUAAUAGUGGUGGUGGAGGUGGUGGAAGGAUUCACUUACAUUGGUCAGACAUUCUAACAGGGGAUGAAUACCUGCCUAUGGCAAGUGUACAAGGAACUAUUCAUGUUGGGGGAGGGGUAGGCAAUGGUCAGGGCAAUGCUGGGGAGGAUGGAACUGUCACUGGGAAAUCCUGUCCUAGAGGGCUUUAUGGGAUAUUUUGUCAGGAAUGUCCUGUUGGGACAUUUAAAAAUGUCAGCGGAUCUGAUAGAGCCCUUUGUAGGGAUUGCCCUUCCCAUGAACUGCCACAUCGUGCCAUUUAUAUUUCUGUUCGAGGUGGUGUUGCUGACACUCCUUGUCCUUACAAGUGCAUUUCUGACAGAUAUCACAUGCCACACUGUCAUACAGCCCUUGAAGAGUUGGUAUACACUUUUGGGGGACCAUGGCUAUUUGGUUUCCUCCUGUUGUUUAUCCUGAUUAUGCUAGCACUGGUUCUCAGUGUUGCUCGAAUGAAAUUUGUCAAUGUGGAUGAAUUACCUGGUCUAGUUCCUAAUCGACGUGGCUUGCAAAUGGAUCACUCAUUCCCUUUCCUUGAGUCAUUGAAUGAGGUUCUGGAAACAAGUAGAACUGAGGAAUCCCAAACUCAUGUGCAUAGAAUGUACUUCACAGGGUCGAACACUUUCAGUGAACCAUGGCAUCUCCCUUAUUCUCCUCCAGAACAAGUAAAAGAACUUGUAUAUGAGGAUGCGUUUAACAUAUUUGUUGACGAGAUUAAUGCAUUAGCUGCUUAUCAGUGGUGGGAAGGAUCAGUAUACAGCAUUCUCUUCCUUUUUGUGUAUCCAUUUGCAUGGUCUUGGCUGCAGUGGCGCCGGAAAAAGAAAAUACAACGGCUGCGUGAAUUUGUCCGAUCAGAAUAUGAUCACGCUUGCUUGCGCUCUUGUCGUUCACGUGCUCUCUAUGAGGGGCUCAAGGUUGCUGCAACUUCUGAUCUAAUGCUAGCACAUGUGGAUUUUUUCCUUGGUGGAGAUGAAAAAAGAGUUGGCCUUCCUCCUCACCUUCAUCAAAGAUUUCCAAUGUCUUUGGUAUUUGGAGGAGACGGAAGUUAUAUGGCUCCUUUCUCCCUUCAAAAUGACAAUAUCCUUACUAGCCUCAUGAGUCAGUGCAUCCCUCCUACCAUUUGGUUUCGGUUAGUUGCUGGUCUAAAUGCUCAGUUGCGUCUAGUUCGCCGAGGACGUUUAAGAAAGAGUUUUCGUUCAAUUAAGAUCUGGCUUGAAACACAUGCAAACCCUACAUUGGGCACCUAUGGUGUACGUGUUGAUUUGGCUUGCUUUCAGCCUUCUGUUGGUGGUUAUUGCCAAUUUGGGCUUAGUGUACAUGCUGUUGAAGAUGAAAGUUCACAACCAUCAGUGGAUGGGCAAGAUGUAUCUUUGUUAGCUGAGCAACAGUCAAGUUUACUUGGUAAUCAAUGGAGGAGAGCAGUACAUCUAUUAACACACAAGAGGGCAGUGGGGGGAAUUAUACAAACUAAGAGUUUGCGAGGAGUUACAGAGAAAAAGACUCUGUGUUAUCCUCUCUCUUUUAUACUGUAUAAUACUAAACCUGUCGGUCAUCAGGAUCUGGUUGGUUUGGUCAUCUCAAUACUACUCUUAGGAGAUUUUAGCUUAGUCUUGCUCACUCUGCUUCAGCUAUACUCUAUCUCAUUGUUGGAUUUGUUCUUGUUUAUGUUUAUUCUUCCUCUUGGCAUACUGUUUCCACUCCCAGCUGGAAUAAACGCUUUGUUUAGUCAUGGACCUAGGGAAUCAGCAGGUCUUGCACGUAUAUAUGCCCUGUGGAACAUCAUGUCUUUGAUAAAUGUUGUAGUGGGUUUCUUGUGUGGAUGUGUUCAUUCUAAAAGUCAGUCCUCAACCGAUAAAAAUCAUCAUAACUUUCAUUCCUGGAAUUUUAGCAUGGAUGAAAGUGGAUGGUGGCUGCUUCCUUCCGGACUUGUGCUUUGUAUAGCUAUCCAAGCAAAACUCAUAAAUUAUCAUGUGGCUAACCUGGAGGUUCAGGACCGCACAUUGUAUAGUGAUGAUCCGGAUCUGUUCUGGCAGUCAUGAAGGGCCUAUCGCUGAAUUUGAGGCUAACAGUAACAGAUGAGAGUUACAUGAGCACAACUGCUUAUUUGUAUUGUCUCCUUACAUGUUUAUUUUGUGUAUUCUGUCCAUAUCUACAUAGAGGGAGGGAGGCAUCAUACUUUGUACCUUAAAUAUAUGGGAAGCAGUUGUGCUUAUCGUAUGCCAAAUUAAUUUUAUCUUUUUUGUUCUAGCAAAUGUUAUGCUGUAUAAGUAACUUGCCAAAGAAAGGAUGGACAUUAUUAUGCGGAGCCUAAACAGAGUUAUAUAUUCAUACGGUUCAUGAAUUCAGAGAAUAUAUACUCAAAGUUGCAUUCUCUACUCCUGGAGGCUGAGAUCCAACUCUUGGUAGGUCACCCACUUGGCCUUGGGUAAUUUGGUUUUCUUCACCUUCCGGCAUUUUCUGUUAAAGAUGGUCAAUGGAAUGCUCUUGCAAAGACGUGAUAAUCCAAAAGCAGAGGCUACGGUCAUCGAGGGAUGGUUUAAAGUUUCUUCAAAUGACCUCUCCGUAAGAUACAAGGCAAAUCUGACAUGCUCGUGUCCGGGAAGGUGUUUUUACCGCGCAAGGUUAGCAAGGGCUAUUUCUAGACAUAAUUUUGUCUAUCUUUGGAAAGAGUAAAUUUAUUUUGUGAUCCAAAAGUCACGGAAAGGUGAGCAGGUGUUUUCUAUGCUUAUAAGAGUCGUGAAUACAACAACAUAUCCAGCCUUUAUCCCACUAUGUGGGGUAUAAGGGUCGUGGAUGUGAGAAAAAAAAUUAAUCAACUGUCGUACUGCAUUAUCAGCUAUAUUACAAUUUAAUUAUAUC